AAUUGCGUUGAGUCAAAGUUCACAAGCCAUUUACCUGAACAACAAGGACUGAGGAGGAGAUAGGGUUAUUUCAAAGCGGGAUUGUUAAACUAAAAUAUUUGACAAUGAAUCAUCAACAGUGAGUUAAUGAAUUUAAGUUCAGCGACGAUGAGAAGACAAAUAGUUCUCGCUAUCAUUUCAUAUUCAUGUUUAGUGAUUGUGAAUGGACAAAAUACAACUUCAAAUACGCAAACGAGUCCAACUGGCACACGUUUGGGAGAGGAAUCGGCCCUUGAAAAGGGAGCGAAACCUUUAUAUGAUCUGGUGCAUGGAUUUUUAGACAGUGUUCAAGAAUAUGAUUUUAUUGCUGACGACAGUGCUAAAAUAACAUAUCAACAAAUAGAGGGCUACAUAAAAAAUGGCACCUUUGAAAAGUUUUCAGAAAGAUGGCAGGAUAUGGUGUCUGUAUUUGGGGGGUUUGCAGCCUGUAUUAUCGUUGGGUUGCUGUUUGCCAUUUUUAUGCCCAUCAUCGGUUUGUUCUUCUGUUGCUGCUAUUGUUGCUGCAAACGAUGUGGCAAAGCCAGAGAGAAAUCGGAUCCUAAAUCAGCUGGCUGCAAACGAGCAACCUAUUGCUUCUUUUUGGCCGUAUUUGCAACCAUGAUGUUAACUGGAGGAAUCGUAUCCAUAAUCUCAAAUGAGUUAAUGCGCAACAAACUGCAGAACUCAGAUCAGCGGGGACCAGUCCAGUACUUAAGACACGGGCUAGCAGAAGUGAUAUCAUAUGGAGAUGAUAGUACGAAAAAAUUAGAAGAUGAAACAACUGCAAUUGUGGGCGAAACAAUUGAUAAAAUAAAACAACAAAUUAAUGGUUCUGUGCAGUCUACAGUAGAUGGUGUAGCAUCCUCUAUUAAUGCCUCUGCUGUGCUCACUCAGACAGAAAAUCUUGGAAGUAGUACGAAGAGAGUUUAUAAUGAUUUAGUUAACAUUACAAAAAAUUUAGAGGAUUUAAAAAACCUGCAGUCAAAUCUGAGUAGCAGAAUCACAGAAAUUAACCAGAAUUUUACACAAGCUUGCAAUCAGGCAACUAUAUCAGAUUGCCCUCAGCUACCAGCUCUCUCAAAUAAUUUUACAGCGGUGGAUAAUCUUAAUAGUGAAAUCGAUAAUGUGAAACAAGCCUUGAAUAUUUCUGAUUUGACAGCACAGGCAAGGGAUCAAUUUCAAAAAGUGGUGGAUGAUAUUCUUCUUUCAUUGCAAGCUGAUAUAGAUGGUGCCUUAAAUAAAUCUGAUGAUAUAAAGAGAGAAGUAGAAAGCAAAAUACACCAGCUUACAGAUUCCGUGAAAAACUUUACAGAAACUAUAAGAGGCAACACCGCGAAAGAAAUAGACAAAGUUGAUGAGUAUUUGAAGAAGUAUGCAGAUUAUGUAUGGUACGGCGGUCUAGGUCUGCCCUGUGUGAUCUUUCUGUCAGUGGUCUUCUAUUACCUUGGUAUUCUCUUUGGUCUCUGUGGACAGCGACCAGGCAACGACGCCCCAUGCUGUAACCGAGGAGCUGGCUCCAACUUCAUUGUCGGUGGAGUGGUGUGGACGUUCUUGAUUUUCUGGUUGUUGAUGUACAUCGUCAUGAUCCUGUUUAUCGUAGGAGGACUCCUCUACACAAAUGUCUGUCGCAACUUGAACAAGGGUGUGGAAAACAUAGGGGAUUAUGAAGAUCUUUUACAGGAAACAAUAGGUUUUGAUAUUAAGAAAGAUUUGGACUACAGUCCCAAUUCCAAUUUAACAAUCAAAAAAGCUUUCGAAGCCUGUAAAGCCAAUAAAGGAAUUUAUUUGGCUUUGGAGUUACAAAAUAAGUUUGACCUUGAUACACUACUGAAUACAACUGCUAUUAUAGAAGAAAUUGAAGAUCUCACUAGCAGAAGUAAUUUCAACAUUCCUAACAUUACGAUUCUCUCAGACGAUUUAAAACAGGCGCUUGAAAAAUUUAACAGCUCAGGAAUCGCACAGAUUAAUUUUACUUCAUUUGAGAAAGAGUUGAACAAAACUCCAAUUGCAAAUCUGAGUGGUCUUGCUCAACAAUUAAAUACUUCUGGAUUGGUUACACAAGCAACUAUGAUUGAAACAUUUGAAAAGAAAGAAGUUAAAGAUUUUGAGGAUAAAAUGGGAGAAUUGAGGCAGAACCUGAAUAGGCUCAAAAAUCAGACUGAAUUACAGAAUGAGGUUGGGAAAUUACAAAGUCAGCUAAAGACAUCACAAGACACAUUUAAUAAUAUGAAGGAUUCUCUUAUCAAAGAGGAGUUGAACAAAACAGUUGUAAAUGUCACAAAUGUUGUCAAGAGUGGGAUAGAACAUGCAAAGACUGUGACAAAGAAUGCUGGAGAGUGUAGGCGUCUGUACAAUGCUGCCCAGACCUUGACAGAUUCAGUCUGUGUGGUUGUUCUUAAUCCUUUUAAUACAUUCUGGUUUGGAUUGGGCUGGGGAAUAUUUUUCUCAAUUCCAAGCAUAGUCUUUGCCUUGUUGCUGGCAAACAUGUACCAGAGAGAGGACCCAUUUGACAAAGAAUUGCACGACGCCAAGAAGAAGAGUCGGCAAAAGCAGGAGCACCAGGACUUUGAUAGUCCAAUGAUGGAGACCUACGGGCACCAAGACAACAUUCCACUGACCUCCCCUCCCAAUGGUGGAUAUGCACGGUCAAACAAUGGGGAGGUCAACCCAGGCUACUACAAUGAUCGCCGUGACGAUUAUCACCGUGGAAAUCAAUACCGUGAUGAUUAUCGCCGUGACGAUUAUCAGGGCAGUCGAGGGGACCCUUAUUACAGGCAGGGUGAGAGAGACUACCCCCCUCCUUCCUAUCACGAUUCACGACACUACCCUAGCCCAGGGCAUCGUGACGGAUACCCUGUGCUACCACCCACAAAGAACCGAUACUAAUUAUCUGCUCUAUCCGGAGACUGGUGACCAAAACUAACUUCUAGGAAUUAGGAAUUACCAGAAGAAUUAAUUACAAGGAUCAGCUGUGAUAUUAUAUAUAUCUCUCAAACAAAAUCCACAAUGCCCAAGAAGUUUACCAGUGUAGGAGAGAGAGAGAGAGAGAGAGAGAGAGAGAGAGAGAGAGAGAGAGAGAGAGAGAGAGAGAGAUCAUCCGUUUGAUUGUUGUUUCUCUUCGAGGAAAAUCCAGUACCUUGUUCAUUGUUGUCACAUUGGAUUUUCCUUUUUUUAACCAGUUAUCCGAUUUUUUUCAAGGAUGAUUUAUAAUAUCAAUCUAGAUAAAAUAGAUGUUGCAUGAAGUCCAACUGUUGCUUUAGUGUGAAAUAUAUUGCAUUGGUAAAUACAUUUUCACUUAAUAUGAGAAUCUUUUUAAUUUUUUCUCUCAAUUUAUUUGACAACCAAUUUUUUUUCUUCUUGUUUAAACUAAUAAGAUUGUUUUAUUUCAGUUUCUCUCUAUUAUCAAAGCUAUUUUUGACUUGUUUUGCUCACAAAUUUUUUUUACAACCAAUAUAUACAGUCUUUUCUUGUGUUUUGAUACCAUUCCAACAAAUUGCAAAGCUCAAAACUCCAAACAUUUUUUUGUGUUUAUUUUCAUUCCAUUACAUUAACGGGUCAGCUAUAACCAGACUAUUUCUUUCAUUUCUUUGUCUUUAUUUGAUUAUUCUUUUGAUUGUUUAAUUUUAUUUUGUACCAUGUGUUUGAAUGUGGGAGCAAGAAUCAGAAGAAAGUUGUUUUGUUGGAAUGGUGCUACAUUAAAUAUGGUUGCCAUUUCUGCUUCUAAUAUAAGCGAUUACUUUUUCAGUAGAACAAUUUUUAUCAAAGCCUUUCCAAAUGCAUCUUGGGGUGGUUGCCAUAUAACCAAAUAUAUGUACGCUUCAUAACCUUGUUGAUAAAUUUGUUCAUAUUGCAUUGAAUUCAAUCAAUGUACAAUGUAUAAAAUUUACUUGAAUGAGAAUACAUGUACAUGUACGUACUGGUAUUUGUGACAAUUUUAUACACAGUUUUAGAGAAAUAUUUUAUUUGAAUAUUCUUGCAACUAUUAAUAGACAAUUUUUAUUUUUAUAUCUGCAGAGAGAGAGAUUUUCAAAAGCAUAUCAAAUGUACUAUGCAAUUAUCGAUAACUAUAAUUUUUUUUUUUUUGGAAACAAGAAAUUCUAUGGAGAUUGAUGGAGAUAGAGACAAUAUGUUUUUAAAGAUUGAAUGACAUACAUGUAUAGGCAUAAAUACUGGUACUUAAUACUGUUUAUGGAGUAACUUUACAGGUGUUCAAUGUCCACCAUACAGUAUGUUGUCUCGUCUUUUCUUUUUUAAAAUAAACCUUGAAAAAAUAAAAACCAACAAAUUAAUUUUUUUUUUUGGCAAAAUGUCUCCCAUACAUGAACUAACUAAAAUCCAUCAACCAUUUUAUUGGUGCAGAUCAUGUAAGGUAUGUUGUGAUUUUAUGGAUGUUGAGUACAUUUGUAUAUUAAUUCUUUUAAUAUGCAACAAUAUCUUGCCAGAAUAUAUAUAUAUGUAAGGAAACUUUGUCAAACCAUUAAGUAAAUGUUAUGUCAAGAUUUUCACAACAUGUGUGUUCAUGUUAAAGAUGCUUAUAUAUACACAGAUGAAAGGUUCACAUUUACGGUAUAUAGUUAUUACAAUGUAAUUCUACCUUUCAUAUGUUAAAGUUUGUUCCCUUUUUGUUUACCUACAUGUAUACUCAUUGGUACCUGUAUUUUGUUGUUAAUUUUCAUUAUGAAUGAAUUUCAACUUUUAUUUGCAUGAGUGCAAUAUAGAUUGACAGAAACGAACUAUUAAUAUUAAUUAAACGAUUGCUUUUCAUAGAUGAAAAGGAGAAUAUACCAAAUCAUUUAUACAUUGGUGUCUAUUGAUAACAAAGUACAUUGUAAUGCCAAAUGUUCAAUUUUAACUGGAUGGAAAAUGGAAAGAUUCUUAAAUGAAGUAUAUGUAUUUCAUAAUUAAUAAUAUUUACAUGUUUAUGUUUUAACCAGAAAUUAAUAUGAUCAGAGUUUGUCGAAGUAUACUUGGUCAUUUUUUAAAAAUAAAUUUUAACAAAUUUAUUAAGUCUCUAUAAUUAUGUCAUUCUUGAAUAUUGUACAAUCCAUCUUUUUAAAAUCUUUUAUCUUGUUUAUUGUGAUUACAUAUUGUACAUGUAAAUAUUAAAAUUAUUUUCACAUACAGUAUAACAUCUGACAAAUGGCUAACAGCUCCAGAGUUCAGGAGCUUGGGAUCAUGCUAUUUUACAUGUAGCUUUAGAUAAUGCUUGCUAGUGUUUUGGGAACACAAAUGGGAUUUUCCUCCUUUAUAUUUUUUGGACCAAAAUUAUAGUUUUUAAUUAAGAAAGAAAAUUAAAUAUACAAUUGGUCAUGGGCUUUUUGUCUUUAGAUAGUUGCUGUAUGUAACCGAGAAUGUCAGAAUGGAUAAAGAAACUCAAAAGAAAUUAUAGAUAUAAUUAAGAAUCGAUAUUUAAAAGAUAAGUAAUGCAAGGUACUAUGGAUCCUACACAUUGUUUGUAUGUAAAGUUUUCUGGGGCUUUUAGUUUCUGUUGCUGAAAGUAAAUGUUUUAAAUGUCAUAAUUUUUAAUGCUUUAAAAGAAGGAAGUAAAGUGUUUUAGCUAAUAUCACAAAUGUAUUUUCAUUGUUUGGAAGGAUGUACCAUAAAAAGCUCAAACCAAAUUCACAUAAUGUUUGGUUAUUUACAUGUAAAUACAUGUAUGUGUUUUGCAUCUGCAUGUAGGUAGAUUAUUUUGUAGCCCAGAGUUCGCCUUAGAAUGUACGCUAUUGAUAGUGAUUACAAGGUUUUAACCAGAUUCUAGAAUGUGAUAAAUCAUGCACCGUCCUUCUUCUUAAAAGGAUUCUUAUUUUUUCAAAUUCAUAUUUUGGAUGAUGGAGCCAUUGUAGGUGUGGAAGGUUGUGAUGAAUGCAUAAUAAUUGAUUUAUUGUUUGAUCUCACUCUCUAUGGCAAGUCCAUCUUUUUAUCUUUACCUUAAUGCAAAUUAUUUUUUUUCUGCGUAAACUAGUAUAUUGUGUAAAAUGUAUCCAAUAUUUAAUAGACGGUAUUAACCAAUUCUGUCGUAGCUCAUAAUGAUUCUAUUUCUGUAUUAUUAUCAUGAAAGUACGUGUAUGAUUGUUAAACAAAAUUACAACACUUGUUGUGCCUUCAUGUGAACUGGGACCAGGUUUUGAGAGUCCUAUCAAACAUUCCACCAAUUCCUCAAAAUCUUUUUCUUUUAAUCUCUGUGUUAUGUAAAAUUAUUUAGGUUGGUUCAUUUAACUAUGUAUUUCAUGCAAUUACAAAUGUCUGAAUGUUGUAUUCAUCUAUCAAUAAAUCAUAGGUUUAAUCAAUACAA